AUGUCAAGAGCUCAUCAGCAACGGUCGGAGAAAGACUACAACAUGGAGAGUUCAAUCGCCUUGAGAGAUCGAGGUAUAUUGGAAACCCAGGCGAAGAGGCGCCACAGGAAAGAGAGAGAUGUGCCGAUAGGCUCCCUCUUCACAUCGACGAGGCAGGAAGAAUCCUAUGGGCAGGCGAGGAGGCGGCAGGUAGACCACCGGGAGUACUCCCCAUACGUCACCCCCAUCAGAGAGAGAUCCUCUACUCAGAGGCCCUCGGCGCCUCGGGUAAUGGACGACGACGAGGAUACCAACAUGGACAUAGAGGAGCAACGAGUGGGGAACCCCUUCGGCGACCUCAUUGGACAAGAAGUCCAGCGACAAGGGGCUCCAGUAGUGCAACAGCUCAGCCGAGGAAUCGAGGAACUCAGCAUGCACGUGCGAGAUAUCCCCAUACUUCGGGAACUCACCCGCCAGCAGCAGAAGUACACCAACAAGAUCGUCGAGGACCUCCAUGCCAAGUUCGCUGGGGACAGCGCCGAGCGCGACAAUCAGCUCAACCAGGUCAUGGCCCAACUACGAGCGGAGUUGUUACGAACCACCACCGCAACGCGGAGGAAGCAUGAGUCAUCGGAAAGUGCCGGAAGUUUCUGCGAAGGAUUAGUAAUCGGGUUGUUUCUUCUUUCUUAUAUAUAG